CUGUACUCUGUGGCAAUUACUUUUUAAGGUUAGCAUCAAGUUGUUUGCCGUGUUUUUCUACAAUUAAAUAACAAAGAAAAUCGCAAAAAUGGCGGCGGCUAUGCCUAUCAACCCCAAACCAUUCCUCAACAGUUUGACCGGUAAAUCUGUACUAGUCAAGCUAAAGUGGGGACACGAAUACAAGGGCUUACUAGUAUCGGCUGAUGGCUAUAUGAACUUACAACUUGCCAACACGGAAGAGAUAGUAGAUGGAUCAUGUACAGGUAAUCUCGGAGAAGUACUAAUAAGAUGCAAUAAUGUUCUCUAUGUGAGAGGAGCAGAAGAAGAAGAUGAAGAGGGUGAAAUGAAGGAAUAACAGUAGUCAUUACUAUUAGGUUAAGUUUGCUAAUGCUAAGUUAAUUUUUAGUGUAUGUACCAAAAUUGUUUAUUGCAAAAUAAACG